GCUGACACCUGACAUGAACUCGCUGGAACAGGUGGAAGAUCUCAAGGCUUUCAAAAGAAGACUUACUGAAUAUAUUCAUUGCUUGCAACCUGCCACUGGACAUUGGAGAGUGUCCUUCUUUACGUCAUUAUGGAACCAUCCGUUUUUCACUAUUAGCUGUAUAACUCUAAUAGGCUUGUUCUUUGCUGGAAUACACAAAAGAGUAGUCGCACCAUCAAUUAUAGCUGCUCGAUGUCGAACGGUAUUAGCAGAAUACAAUAUGUCCUGUGAUGACACAGGAAAGCUAAUUGUGAAACCUAGGCCUCAUGUUCAAUGACAGUCUGCUCUAUUGCUAGAGAACCUAAACCAGUCUUUCCUCAAGUAAGCUAUACAGCAAAAUGCCAGAAAGGAUUCCUUUUGGAGUUGGACAUGUGACGGUUUAGCAGCAACUGAUAAGAAGCGUGCAAUAUUUGCCCAGAUGAUGUUGAUGAUGUUGGCUGAGCUCUCGGCGCCUCAGUACUUUUAAUUAACUGUGUUCAGUAUUAGUGUCACUUCAGCACUUCAGCCCCUGCACAGAACUCUGCGGAUGAAGUAUGUGCGUAUUACUAAGUUAAACUUAGAAACCAAACCCCCUUCAGUUUUUAUGAUGUAUUUUUGCAAACUACUGUAAAUAGCAAAUCAAUGCCAAUGUUAAANCAAGAGGAAAAGGUUUGGACCUUGCUCUCCUGCACCAGUAUUUGAGGAACCAUCUGCUUGACAUCUCCACAGCUCCUUAAACUGCUAUUACGUGUGCCUUUCAUUCAUAAUGCCUCUUCCCAUUGCACUGCAGGAACAACGUCAGAUCCCACUUAGACUGAGCAAACCUCAUCUCCAUUAUGUUGAAAAAUUUAUAGAUGUUUCGACAAUUUUUGUUAAGUCCGAUACUGGAUUCUGGCAACUAUUAUACUUUUCAGUAAAUUGUUUUCAUUUAACACUAAAUCACUUUUU